CUUUUUCUUGUUCUUCACUCCCACCGUAGCGUAGCGGGACUGCGCUUUUUAAAUCCACCUUUCCUUCUCAGGCAGAUCCACCAUGCCUCGUCUUCGUGUCUCUGCAGGUUCAGAUCCCAACGCCCUCGCCGAUAUCACCAAUCUUGUCAACACGAACAAGCCAAGCACCAUCGCUUCUGAUCUUUUCGACGGAAAGAUAGUCGUCAAUAUCAAGGGAUUUACGACCGAGGACGGGGAACCUGGCUCUAGUGCCUACUUUGAUCAGGAUGAGAGACAAGGGAUUACUUGGAGUUUUCAAGUACAAGGACGAUUCUUGAAGAAUUACUCUGCGGAUGACGUUUUGUUUGGAAAUACAUUUGAUCGACCACUACAACUACCUUGGGGCUCUGGCGCAGCACUCAAGUUCAUGAAUUUUGUCGAUCCAACGCUUGAGCACGAUUUGACAUCAUCAACCAAACCUUGGGCCUUAUCACCUCUGAUAUCUACCAUGCCCCAUUUCAUGCAUACCAGAAUAUGUGGCGGUUCACCCGGAUCAUCGCCUUCCUCAUCAACUUCUUCGCUAGAACUACCGAGCAUGCCACCUAAAUUCCCGCCUAGUCAUCCCAUCGCCGAUGAUAACUCCAUGCUACAUCUCGCUCACGUACCCUCCGAGUGGAGCCCCUCGUCAUCUCCUUCGUCGUCGUCAUCUUCAUUGUCAUCAACCCACUCCUAUAGCUCUGUCAAGUCCAACAAGUCUAGGUUAUCGUUAAAGUACAAGAAUCUGAAACGAGGAGGUGGGAGCCGUAGCAACCAGGGUCCUAUCAACCUGCAGAAUGCGAGUCAGAGGAGAACGUAUUUCAGUUCACCUGAAAAUAGACGGUCUGUCAUGUUUGGAUCUAAGGACAUCAUCUCGAUCGAUUUCUGUUACGGAUUCCUCGAGUUUAGCCCUACGAUUUCGUUGAGGCUUCCUGGGGGGCUGUCGUUUGAUCUUAUGCGGUAUUGGGACGGGCAACCGGUUAGAUUUGUUUGUUGUGAAAGGAAGCGACCGGGAGAUGAAGGUACGGAACCUUGGGGGAGGAUUUUGUGGUGUGUUGUUAUCGAUUUAUGUGAUUAAAUGAAGGAAGGUUUGUACUUGGACUUGGGACUUCCAUGCGUUACUGUAGUACUCGCAACUUGUAGCUACUAGUAGAAGCUAGAACACACAUUCGUCAUAUGCAACAUCGUCGGUUCUCUUACCACUGUCGUGUUCCAUAUUCUGCACACUAGUACCAGCUCC